AUGUUUGCUGCUUGCAUGUUCUUCGCAGAAGGGACCACGUACUCUGUUGAUCCCAGCAUGGUGGAUUUGACGACGUACCCGAUGGGCACGUACAUUCGGCCAACAAAAGAUGGAAAUGAUUGGGAGCCAACACCUUUCCUGUCCAUUAUGCACACUUUUUGGUGGUUCUUCACAACUGCCACAACUGUGGGCUAUGGCGACUAUGUCCCAACGACGACGGCCGGAAAACUUGUGGCAGUAUUUACCUUUUACCUUGGCAUAGUUUUGGUGGCAAUCAAGCUUACCAUUGUGCAAGGGUCGUUUAGGAGGCACUACCCGGAAUGGCAAAAAUCUCACAGUAUUUAA